AUCGGAUAGAGCCCAAGGAGAUUGCAUAGCUCCGCUUCUAUCCUUGCUCGGAGCUCAAGGCCUCUUUGCUUGCAUGGCUCUCCUCCACCUCCAGGAACACUGCUCCCUCCUCCGAAUCCCCACCUCACACCUCCCAAAUCUCCUCAAGCCCCCGAGAAACCCUCGCAGGAACCAACUUUCGCCGCCCAAUGCGACCAAGAUUCACAGCUCCUCCGCAGUCUCGACGCCAAAUGCGGCGGCGCCUAAUUGGCGCGGCGAGCUCCUCUUCCUCCUCUUGCCCCCCGUGGCCGCCGCAUCCUGGCCGCUCCCCGCGCUCGCGGCGGAGGCGGACGGCGGGAGGGUGAGCCUCGAGUCCAUCGUGGUGGCAAUCGACGAGUUCAACAACCGGAACCCCUUCUUCGUGGCCGGGGUGGUGUUCGUGUGGCUGGUGGUGAUCCCGCUGACGCAGGAGUACUUCCAGAAGUACAAGGCCGUGGGCGCCCUCGACGCGUUCCGCAAGCUCCGGGACACGCCGGAGGCGCAGCUGCUCGACAUCAGGCGGGGCAAGAGCGUGCAGUUCAUGCCGUCGCCCAACCUGAGGCUCAUCGAGAAGAACGCCGUGCAGGUGGAGUUUGACGAGGAAGACGAGAAGGGGUUCGUCGGGAAGGUGCUGGCGCGGUUCCCGGACCCGGCCAACACCGUCGUCUGCGUCCUUGACAACUUUGAUGGUAAUUCAAUGAAAGUGGCUGAGCUGCUGGUCAACAAUGGUUUCAAGGAAGCCUAUGCAAUCAAAGGGGGACUGAGAGGCCCAGAAGGUUGGCAGGAAAUUCAAGAGAACUAUCUUCCCCCAUCUGUUCAUGUUUUUCCAAGGAAAAAGAAGAGCAAAAAUUCAACACACACAGAUGUGAGCACUGAAGGAACAGAUGAUAAGCAGGAGGGGAAUGGAGAACUAUUAACUUCUCCUAGCAGCACUUUAGUCAACACAAGCAACGGAACCAAGGAUGGUCAUGAAGAGCCAAAUGGAAGUACUUCAGCUGCGAAGCAUGCAACAAGGAGACCAUUAUCACCAUAUCCAAAUUACCAUGACUUGAAGCCGCCUUCAUCUCCAACGCCAUCCAAGCCAGGAAUGUAAAGCAAGAGGGCUAUUGAUGCGGAGACUUAAAGAAGUCAUAUGCAGAUUUCUCUGCAAUCACCAUUUUGGUACAGUUUAACCCAUGGAUAUAGAGGCGAUCGAUUCGCGAUGCAGCAGGGCCACAUUGUCGCCAUCAGAAGAUGUUAUUGGUAGCAUGGUGCAUGCUUACAUUCUGUGUAAAUGCUGAACUUUUUCCCCCCGUUUGCUGUUAUUCGUUACUAUAUGUAUAUUGAACUGGCUUGAAAACAUUGCUGCGGACGAAACAGCAGACAGUACUUUGUGAUGUUGUACUGCCACCGUCACUCCUGAUUUUGAGGAUUUUGGUUGCAUGUUUUAGCGA